CAUAUCCUCUGUCGCACAGUGUCACAUCUCCCAGACACUCUGUGUAGGCCAGAUAUUGCCCUACCUACGUUCCACGGCGAGCUCCCGACAAUACAUGGCCGACUGGAAUAUCGUCAUUGAUGAACUGGCGGCCGACCGGAACGCUGCUAUCGACCAAUCGCCGGUUGAAGAAGAGGAUGAAGGCGAGCUUUAUGAGCCUCAAGGCGUCAGUAGUGACUCAACUGUUGACCUAGCACAGGCUAGGAAUGCUGCGACUGUGUCACGCAGGGCAAGCAUUUCGAAUUUCAGCAUUUCGAACUUUAGCAUCUCCAAUCAGAGCGUUUCCACGUACAUCACAGCGAAGAGCGUUCGAAGUAGCAUUGAUACGUUUCGCACAGCAUGGUCCGGCUCUCAGAACGUGUACGAGAAGCCUCAGAUCCCAAGGAGCUCCUGGUACAAACUGUUGGCCGACAAAAAACUGAUCCCAGACCCUCUAGAUGAGAAGGACUGGUCCGGAAGAGGCGAGCACGCUGAGUUCAAACCCAACGAGAGGUUUCGAAUCAACGACCUUCUGGCCGUCGAGGACACGCUCGGCACCUCUGCAACUGCUCUUGUUGAAAGCGUACGCUGUCGACGGAUUUUACUCGCCCGCAAGACAAUUCGAUGCAAUCGUCGUAUGAAGCGCGCCGAUGCCCUAGAAGAAGUCAAGCAUCUCAAACGCUUAGAGCAUUCCCAUAUCGUUCGCGUCGUAGGAACUUACACAUUCAAACAAGACCUUGCCAUACUUUUGUAUCCUGCUGCUGAAUACAACCUCGACAGCUUCAUGGAGUCGAUUUUGACCGAGUCACCAGAUGGUCCAGGCGACGAGAAGACCGCACCGAAACUUCACGCUCUAGUCACUUUUUUCGGUUGUCUUGCCCGUACUUUAGAUUUUCUACAUCGGAAUGCUACCAAGCAUAUGGACAUUAAGCCCAAGAAUCUUUUGGUUACACAGAAACGGGACAGCAACGCGCCACUGUCUGAAACAGCGUACAAGAUAUAUAUUGCGGAUUUUGGAAUUACACGCUCUUACGAUGACAUAUCCGAAGCCGAAACUGACUCACCAACUUCAUUUACACGAAUGUAUGCCGCUCCAGAAGUUGAUCGCAAGAGAGGCUUGCCGGCCGACAUUUUCUCCCUGGGAUGCGUAUACGUUGAGAUGAUCGCUCACCUAGCUUCCAGAGGUCGGAAAUCGAAAAGGCAGGACCUCAUGGCCAUUCUUCAAUCCAACGAGGAUCAGCCGUGGAGAUCAUAUGCAGGCAACAUAUCCACUGUGACACUCUGGCUCCAUGAGGUGAUCGAGCUUAACAAAUCUAACAUUCACUUCCUCCAGCUCUAUCCCAUCCCAAACAUGAUUAUCGAAAUGAUAGACCAUGAUCCUGAACGACGGCCUUUUGCCGGGCAUAUUGCCUCGCACUUUGGCCUCUCGUCUUCUUGCUGCGGAGCGGGACCCGAUGACUUUGCCCUCGAGAAACCUAGCCCGGAGCUAGCUUUUUCGGAAAGGACACCGCAUUCCAUAUCGUCUCCCCGUUCGACCACAACAACCUAUCAGCAACCAUUGAGAGAAAUUCCAAGGCCAAUACCUACCAUUCUACAAGCCGCGUUUACAAGACGGUCUCAACCAGUAUUCUCUCUAUACAACGAAUGUGUGUCCCUGCAGAUACAUUUCAGCGCUGACGCGACGUUCCGCCAAUGGAUGAUGGAAGACUCGGAAGUUCUUCAUCGCCUUCAUGGUAGAAUUGACGCCAUUAUUCUGAUUUGGCACUUUUUACAGCGCGGGCUCCCUUUACUACGCCUCUUCAACAUCGACAUAUCUCCACCAGAUCUGCAGGCCAUGGUAAAGCAUAUGGACUUGCGAGAGAAGCAGGCGAAAGCUGCGGUUGAGCUGUUUCUAGACGUCUGCGUUCAGCAGCUUCGCAUGGAGUCAGAAACAUGCUUCGAGAUGAUAGACUUGUUUGGCGAUGAUUUGGUUCGCUUUAUGAAGGUUAUCAAGUUCGUCAAUCGGGUUCUAUUCCUACUUGGGCCAACUGGCAAAGGGAAUCCCUUUCUACAAUUGGACGACAAUGAUCUCCAUUCGCGGCUCGCAAUUGCUCUUGCCGGCCCACGCACUAAUCGCGGCUACCUUUCGAUGUCCUUGAUCCCUGAUUUUCUUGAGUCUGAGCGCCUCUAUGUCAAGGACUUGGAGACUUUGGAAGCUAUCAGACUUGCAGCUAUCAAACAUGGACUGCUAUCGACCGAGGACCUAGACUCCGUUUUCUCAAAUCUAAUUCCCCUUCUAGAUUUCCACCAUGAAUCUUUGAAAGAUAUGGAGUCCUCGUGUUCUCUCCCAACACUAAACCAAUCUUGGGACCGCCUCAUCUAUCACGCCCACCAAAACUACGACUUGUAUGCUCAGUACCUGCAGAAUCUGCCAACAGCAAUUGAGCACACAUUACCAUAUCGCGCUGAACUUGAAGCUGCAGUCCGUUUCGAUCAUUCUAUCGGUGCCAUACACUGGUCUUCCAUCAAGACUCUGAUCCUGGCACCCGCGCUUCGUUUGCUCGACUACCAAUACUUCCUGAAGAGCUACAGCAAUCGAGGCGAUCAUGAAGUUGGAACCCCCGACCUACCUUCCAUGGCACUCAGCGAUUUGGACGGUGUAAUCCAAUCCGCCUUCAGUAGCCCACAGCCUUCCUUCGGAAUCUCUAAAUUCCCUCAUGUCUUUGAAUUCCCCCAAACCAGAAACGCUUUCCCGUCGCAUAAAGAGCCUUUUAAUUAUGGAUGGGAGGAAUUAUAUCCGCAUGAUACCUGGGGCGAAUUCGUCCAUGAUGGAAGAGCAAGACAAAUUCACGGACACGAAACUUUGCUGUGCCUCUUCGAAAAUACAGAGGCUCCAGGAAACUGGGCGCUUGAAGUCGACUCAGUUACACUCCGGUUCGCAACCGAGGAAAUGAGAAACAUGUGGUCCGAAUCGAUCCUGAGUCAAACAAAAGCCCGUAUACGUACAAGGGUAUCACGGAAACCUGUCGGGGGCAUGUGAAUGGCAAAGAUAAGUAGCCUAGCGCUCAUGAACCUCUUGGGCCGGUCCCAAGCCUUCACGGCCUAAGUCUUGUAUACACGGUUCCGUCUCCUCAAAGUUCACGGAACAAUAUCUCCAAAUUGAUACACACUAGCACGAGCUCUUGGUCAAUCGCUCCCUUGAACGUAAAUUUCCGCGGCAGUCUUGAGAUACUCAAAACAUCUUCGACUACGGAAAAAGGCUCUCCUCGUGUUUUUGACUACAACGACAUGAGAGAUUUCUAGGCGGGUCGACUGCCGGCAAUACACGGAAUAUGAAAUAAAUCGACCACAAACCAAGCCCCUACGAAUGGGAUGAUCGGAAUGCUAUUACGCUACCACUACCGAUACUAGUCUUACAUCUCUCUACAUAACACGUACAGAAGUCUCCAUCUCAGCCAA